GCAGAAACUCAGGAUCUGAAUCAAAUCUGAAGACCUGAAGAUGAGACACGUCGUAGUUUUACUGGCUGUUUUGUGGGUGUGUGACGGCGUUAAGUUCGGUCAGCUGUGCAGCAGUAACCCGAGCAACAGCCGGAGGACGUCGGACAGAUGGGGACAGGGACAGUACGGAGCCGGACGGGGGACCAGACUCCACCAAGGGCUGGACAUCAAGUGCAGCGACGGCGCCGCUGUCUACGCUCCGUUUGACGUGACUCUUAACGGGAAACUGACCGUCUACACCGACCCCAGUAAGGCAGCCAUCAACGAGGGCAUCAACCUGUCAGGACAGGGUCUUUGUUUCAAGCUGUUCUACGUGAGGCCGGACCGAACCUCAGGAACGGUGAGGAAGGGGCAGAGGAUCGGCACCAUGCUGCCCAUGCAGAGCGUUUAUCCGGGAAUCACCUCACACAUCCACGUCCAGAUGUGCGACAGGAGCGACCCCACACCAUACUUCUGAUCUCCUCACCGAGGACCUGAUCCA